GGCAAUCUGCCGAGCAGGAGCAGAGGCUUUCGGCCUGGAACUUUUCGAAUACAUUGGUGAGUUGAAGGAGACAAACUUCGAGGUGGAAAGUGUUGAUGUUCAGCGUGCUCGGCACAAGAAGUACAAGAUGCCUGUUCCGAUGAUGAAUGUAAUCAACGGUGGCCGGCAUGCCGGAAACAAGCUGCCAAUGCAGGAGUUUAUGAUUUCUCCAACGGGGGCCAAAACCUUCAAGGAGGCACUGCAGAUUGGCUCUGAGGUCUAUCACUCACUCAAGAACGUGGUGGUGGCCAAGUACGGCAAAUCCGCUGCGGCAGUCGGCGAUGAAGGUGGGUUUGCGCCGAACAUCCAGGAGAACGACGAGGGAUUGCAGGCAUUGGUGGAUGCGAUCAAAGAAGCUGGCCACACUGGCAAG